AUGACGACAACUCGUCAAACUGCAUCAUCUACACCCAUCAAGCCAUUUUCCUCAUUUGAAGAAUGGCAAAAGCAAGUGCUAAAAGACAGUAAUGGCAGCGCGACUACAAAUAACAAUAGACACCGAUCGAGUCAAAACGAAAAAAAGAAAACCCUUGGACAGACUCGUCAAGUGGUCGAUAGCCUCGAUGGCGGUCUCUCGGACGAUUUGGGUUCCAUGUUUGAAAACCUCAUGGACACACCCAAGAGUACACAGAAUGUAUACGACGAGAAACAGUACAUUUCACCUAUCGGACAAGACAAAAAGGUCGAUAACCUCAAAUACCUCAAGGAGCGAUUCAAUUAUGCUUCUGUAGAUUGUGCAGCAACUGUGCGUAAGGCGAAUAAGGAAGCAAAGGGUGCUCAGAGUAUUCUGUUUGAAUCUAAGGAUCAGUAUAUGCUCAAUAAGUGUUCUACCAACAAGUUUGUGAUCAUCAAUCUUUGUGAACAGAUUCGAGUGGAUACGAUUGUGAUGGCCAACUUUGAGUUUUUCUCUAGCACUUUCAAGGAUUUCAAGGUCUAUGCUUCCUCAAAAUAUCCUACCGACGAUUGGCGUCUGCUUGGUCAGUGGAAAGCAAAAAACACACGAGAUUUACAGGUGUUUAGAGUCCCAGAAAGCCCAUGGACGAACUAUAUCAAGAUUGAGUUUCUCACUCAUUAUGGUCACGAAUAUUACUGUCCAUUGAGUCUGGUAAGAGUUCACGGUAUGUCCAUGAUGGAACUGUACACAACAAUCGAAAGCAAUGAUGAAGAUGAUGAAGAAAGUCCAAUGAUAGAGCCAGAGCAUCUUUGGCCAGCUGAGAUUCGAGAACAAAUCAUCCAGCCUCAAUUCGAUAUUGGCAAUACGUCCGAGUCGUUUCCAAUCAAGGUCGACGAAGAUGAUGCUAAACCAGAGCCCGUAGAGGCUCACGAACCGAUUAUUCCAGAGACACCUGGUCAUGAAACGUAUGAUCAGGAAGCACCAGAGCAGGUAUCUGAGACGCUAAAGGAAGAACAAAUAGAAAACAGACAAACCUCGCCUGAAUCAGAUAGCAAAGGAACCUGUGCUCAAGAGACAGCAAUUUUGACAUUACCCAUGGACAAGCCUCUGAUAACAACUGCGGCCUUUAUAUCAUCGUCAGAAAGUGUGGUAGCAAGUUAUAGCACACAGAGUACAACCUUGAAUACGCCUACUCCAGAUCCGGUCCAUAGCAGCAAUACAACUGAAGAUCACAAUCGACCCAUUGUCACGCAGCAUAAGACACAUCAUACCAAAGAGGCCAUCACACAAGAAUCGAUCUAUAAGACCAUCAUGAAGCGUCUGAGCGUUCUGGAGCACAACAUGACACUCUCACAACGAUUUCUGGAUGAUCAGAACAAGGUGUUGAAUGACGUAUUUCUUGAAAUGGAAAAGAGACACCAGGAACAGCUCAUUGUGCUCAUAGGACAUUUGAAUGAGACUGCGAGCCAGAAGAUUGACAAUAUGGCAAGUCUUUUAUAUACAUUUCGAUUAUAUGAGCAGUGGUAUGCAAAUAUGAAGGAUCAAACUGAAAGCGAUAUGAGAGAAAUGACGACAAAGAUUAAUUUAUUGGCAGACCAGUUAUCAUUUGAGAAGAAACUAUCGCUUAUUCAGCUAACUAUUUUAAUUACAUUAUUUGUAUACAUGGCACUAUCCAAGGGAACAUUGAGUACGCUCUCACCCAUUAUAGCAGCACAAUUGGAAGAAAGGAGAAAGCGCAAGACAAGGAAGCAUCCAGAACUCUUUAUAGAUACCAGUAGGGAUGUCGAUACCGAAAUAGAAAAAAGACAAGACCAGCAAGUGCCUCGGAGCAACACAGCGAUAUGA